GCGCAGUCCCGCCUCCUACGGCAAGUCGGAGGUGGUAAGAUGGCCGCCGCUGGGGAGGGUGGUGGUGUCGGGGCUGAAGCGGACCGGGAAUUGGAAGAGCUUCUGGAAAGUGCUCUUGAUGAUUUCGAUAAGACCAAACCCUCCCCAGCACCCCCUCCUACCACCACGGCCCCUGAUGCUUCGGGGCCUGAGAAGAGAUCUCCAGGAGACACUGCCAAAGAUGCCCUCUUCGCCUCCCAAGAGAAGUUUUUCCAGGAGCUGUUCGACAGCGAGUUGGCUUCCCAAGCCACUGCAGAGUUCGAGAAGGCAAUGAAAGAAUUGGCUGAGGAAGAGCCCCACCUGGUAGAGCAGUUCCAAAAGCUCUCAGAGGCUGCUGGGAGAGUGGGCAGUGAUGCGACUUCCCAACAAGAAUUCACUUCUUGCCUAAAGGAGACAUUAAGUGGACUAGCCAAGAAUGCCACCGACCUUCAGAACUCCGGCAUGUCAGAAGAGGAGCUGACCAAGGCCAUGGAAGGGCUGGGCGUGGAUGAAGGGGAUGGAGAAGGAACCAUACUCCCCAUCAUGCAGAGUAUCAUGCAGAACCUGCUGUCCAAGGAUGUGCUGUACCCGUCACUGAAGGAGAUUACGGAGAAGUAUCCAGAAUGGUUGCAGGUUCACCGAGAAUCUCUACCUCCAGAGCAGUUUGAAAAAUAUCAGGAGCAACAUAGUGUCAUGGGCAAGAUAUGUGAGCAAUUUGAGGCUGAGACCCCCACAGACAGUGAGGCCACUCAGAAGGCUCGUUUUGAGGUGGUGCUGGAUCUUAUGCAGCAGCUACAGGAUUUGGGCCAUCCUCCAAAAGAGCUGGCUGGGGAGAUGCCUCCUGGCCUCAACUUUGACCUGGAUGCCCUCAAUCUAUCGGGCCCACCAGGUGCCAAUGGCGAACAAUGUCUGAUCAUGUGAAACACAGCACGCUUUCCUUCCUGAUUCCCAGCUGUGGGGAACGUCUGGAGUCAGCAGAACCACUGGGAGCUGAGGCAGGAGUGUCGUCUACAGGAGUGGUCUGCCCACUGCCAUCUGUCAUCCCACCCAAGAUUGUGCCAUACCAGCUGAGGCUUUCUUUCUGUCUUUCUGAGAAUAAGGCCUGUUCCACAGCUCAUUUCUGUGAGCCCGUUCCAUUGUGGUUUCUGCUGCUAGCAAAGGCCCAGCUCCCCACCAGGUGAAGGAGGCAUCGGUUUUAAGGCAUGCAUCUUCUUCCCUCUCCUAAGAUAACGUGUAGGGCCACACUAAUGUUCACUUUUGUACCCAGGGUCUUUGUGCCUUGUCUCUACUCCCUCUCUUGGACCCCGGGGAGCAGGGACAGAGUCCUGGGACUCUGUUUCUACAGUUCUCUUGGGCAGGGCCUUUGGGAAUGAAUGGGGAGAAACUUAGCCUGAGCUGGGACUACGGGUCUGUCACUACACCCUCUUACCUUCAGACCGUUCUGAAUUUUCUGAAGAGAAAGUGAGGGGGUUGCAUCUAAUCUCUGUAGAUUGAAAAAGAAACGCUGGGAUUCUUCUCUCUCCAGGUACAGAGCCCCCAGCUCCUGGUUCCAACCUGAGAACUCAGGGAGCUGCCCUGGUUCUUUCUGCAAUGCUCUGUGAUCUGGGAGAAUCCAGUCCUUGACCAUCCUUUCCCUCCUGCCUGUCCUCUCAUCUCUCCAUAUCAAAAACCUCUUUAUUCUGAGCCCAAGCUGUGAGAAAGAAGGACCCAUCCUGAUUCCCCUCUAGUCUCUACCAUUCUCAGUGGCCCCCUUUCUCCCUGGCAGACAUAUGUGAUUAUAGCAUCAGGUCUAGGAACUGAAUGACUGUUCUUCCCCAGAUACAUUCCAGCUUACUUGAGACAUCUGAUUCCUUUGAAUCCUGUCCCUUGGUUCAGGGAGGUGGCUUGGGGAAAGGGGGUGGGGUGCAACCUGGGUCCUUUUUCCUGACUAAUAAAUAUUCUGAGUGAGGAUUGUAGCCUAUUUUUCAUCCAAGUCUUUUCCCGAUCUUCCUCAGCUCCUCUAAGCUGCUGCUGAGGAAUAUCAGCAGACUAGUUCUGCAGAGCGUGACAGUGCUGGGUUUUGGCACCACCUCCCUUGCCCAGCCCAGGCUAAGUUUCUCCCCAUCCAAUCCGUGUCUGCAACCUACGCCACAGCUCACAGCAGCACCAGAUCUUCCCUUGCCCAGCCCAGUCGGCACCUCAGUUGAUAAAGGAGACUGAAUGGCCAUC